AUGAGCUCCAGUUUCAAAAAGCCCAUCAAUGAGUAUCCAGUGGAUGGGCUCAUGCCUAAACAAGAUACGCAAGCCGCUGCUUUCAUGAAAAAGUUUCCCUCCUAUGACGGCCGUGUCGAUCCUGGAGCUGCUGGCAUGCAGGUCACUUCUGACGGCAAACCAAAAGUUAUUGACUUGGUCGAUUGCACGGGUGGAGGCGAUGUUAUUACGACCACCGUUGUCAGGCCAUCUGAAGAUACUGUCAAUGGGGAAAAAGUUCAGGUUAUCCAGGGUUUGAGCGGUCGCAAAUUGAUCAUCAAGCCAGACUGGAAAAAUCCUUCGGGAGAGUACAGAAUCGGUUUAAAGCGAGCGUAUGAGUUAUUCCCUUCUGGAUUAACGAGUCGCUUGAAGGACGACCGUCGUCAUGCUUUCGAGGUUAAACAUGCCCAUCUCCUCAGUACAGCUCAAGCUCGUUUGGCUGAGUUUACAAAGAAGAACAGCAAAACCACCGAUAAAAAUCUUAUCAAGGAGAAAUUGGACCUGGAAGCCCAAAUCGAACUUUUGAAAGAACAAAUGCAAUCGUACGAUGAUCCAGGUGUUAUGCUUGAUUGCGUUUUGUUCUUUGAUGGCAAGGAUUGGCGAGCGGUUAUCGACGUGAAUGAGUCGGGAGAUCUUCGAGGUAAUCCAACAAUGACCGAUUACCGUAAAGAAUUGCAGUAUCACACUUUUGGGGAAGAGGAUCUCCUCAAUUUCUCUGUGAAUAUUUAUGAAGAUGGAAAUCUGUUGAGCAUUGUGACAUUGUCAGGUAGCCACGGUACACACGUUGCUGGGAUUGCUGCUGCCAAUUUCCCCGAAGAGCCGGCAUUGAAUGGUGUGGCCCCCGGUGCACAAAUUGUCUCGCUUCGCAUUGGUGAUGCGCGCUUGGAUUCUAUGGAGACUGGUCCCGGCCUUACUCGUGCUGCAGCUCAUUUGGCUAUUAAUAAGGUUGAUUUGGCCAAUAUGUCAUUCGGCGAACCCAAUGGUUUACCUACGGAUGGUCAUUUCAUCAAACUGUUGGCCGAAGAAGCCGUUCGAAAAUGCGGAUGUAUUUUUGUCACAAGUGCCGGUAAUGAUGGCCCUUGUUACAGUUCCAUUGGUGCACCUGCCGGUAUGGAUGCCAGUUUUGUUACCGUUGGCGCUUAUGUGAAGCACGCGCAAAUGCAGGCCGAAUAUGCGCUCCUUGAAUCUUUUGAGGAACAGCCUUAUACUUGGUCUUCCAAGGGUCCUUGCUCUGAUGGCUACAAUGGCGUCGAUAUCUAUGCCCCAGGAAGUGCAAUUACAAGCGUACCUAUGUAUGGCCUUAGCAAGCUUGAUUUGAAGAAUGGCACCAGUAUGUCCAGCCCGAAUGCAUGUGGUUGCAUAGCAUUGAUGGUUUCCGCGCUCAAGGCCGAGAAACGCCAAUUUACGCCUUUCCGCCUAAAGACCGCCGUCGUUCAGACUGCCAAAUCCGUCAAUGACCCGCAAAAUGUUGGCUUUAUUCAAGUGGAGAAAGCAUGGGAAUACCUUGAAACCUAUCAGGAUCGUUCAGAUCUAGACGUUUUGUUCGAGGUGACUGUGGUUAAGCGAGGAACGCAGCGAGGUGUUUACUUGCGAGAAUCCGAGGAAACCAGCCAAGUGCAGUAUCUUGCUGUCAAGGUGAAUCCUACUUUUAUGCGCGAAAAAGAUCCUUUGAAUCCCAUCUACAAUCGUGCCAAAUUCGACUAUGAAGCCCGUAUCGCUUUGAUAGCAAGCACUUCUUGGAUUUCCACUCCUGAUUAUCUUUACCUUCAUUCAGGCGGAAAUGCUUUCCAGAUCAAGGUCGAUCCUACCGCGCUCAAAGAAGGCGAAUUCCAUUAUGGAGAAGUGCUUGGUUAUGAUACAAAGAAUCCUGAACGUGGCCCCCUUUUCAAAGUUCCGGUCUCGGUCAUCAAACCUAUCACUCCCGAAAACGGUUCUUUGCUUUAUAAAGGCAUCGAUUUCAACCCUGGCGACAUCAUCCGCCGUUUCAUUCAAGUACCGGAAGGAGCUUGUUAUGCAACUUUAACUUUACGCGCUAAAGCGCCCGUCGGAACGUGUGCAGCUCGUUUCAUGCUUCACGUCUUGCAGUUGAUUCCCAAGAAGAGUCAAAAGGAUAGACAAAAAUAUUCAUUCAUGCUUGGGUCUGGUUCUUACAGUGACCCUCACUCGGAAGAACAAGUGAUCACCAAACGAUUUGCUGUCCGUGGUGGCCUGAAUCUUGAAGUGGCUUUGGCUCAAUUCUGGUCGGCACUUGGCAAGCACAGUGUUGAUAUCAACAUUGAGUUCCACGGUGUGCAAAUUGCUGGCAAUCUUGCCGACGGUCAGAGCACGUUGCAUCUUCAACCUCAGCUCACUCGCUUGGAUGUCAUUGCACCUAUUCGUCGUGAAGAUAACGUGGAUAUCAGUGCUUCCUUCAACAAGGUGCGAAGAUAUUUGCGACCAACUGAAUCUACAUUGACGCCUUUGGCUGCCGAUCGCAACAGCUUACCAAGCACCAAAUUACUGUAUUCGCUGGUGCUCACUUAUGCAUUCAAAGUAGAUGCCAGCAUUACUGUUUCUCCGGCCUUCCCGCAAGUGAUGAAUCAACUUUACGAUCAUUAUCUGGCAGGCGUCUUCGGCAUUGUGUACGAUGCCAACUGUCAAGUGGUGGGAUAUCUCGAUGUAUACUCUCAUGAUAUCAAGCUGAAGAAGAAGGGUGACUAUAAGAUCGUGCUUCAACUGAUGACUGAAGAAGAAAGCGUUCUGGAAAAGCUGAAGACCACGAUAUGCGAACUGGAUAUGGACGUAAAGUCGGUGAACUUUAAUGCAUUCAACACAAUUUCUGAUGUCUAUCAUGCGGACAAGUCGACCUUAUCCAAGGUGGUCCUGGAACGCAAAGACGCCAAGGCAUUCUUUAUUGCUCCACCUUCUGGUGAUUCCGCUUUACCAAAGGAGGCUAAACCUGGUGAUGCAUUGGUUGGAACGCUCACAUUUACGAGCAGCAAAGUCGAUGGUGGCCAGUACAAACUUCUGUAUACAGUUCCUCCCAACCCUAUGGAUUCGAAGAAGGACAAUGACAAAACCGACAAGAAACCUACAGACGUAGAAUUGCAAAAGAAUCUGGCGAAUGCCAUGAGAGACUUGCAGAUCACCUACCUCAAAAAGGCGGCCAAUGACUCUUCAGCUUACAAAGCGAUCGCAUCACAAUUGGAAUCUCAACACGGAAAUGACAUUCAGUUCCUCGAAUACAAGAUCGAUGCCAUUUGGACGUCGGCAGGUGGUGCUGCUGAGUGCCUUGUCACACCAAACAAACUUGGCGAGAGUCAAGCCAAGGAAAUUGCAGGUUUGGCGGACAAGAUUCUUGGUCAGAUUGAUCGACGAGAAUUGUCCGAGUUUUACGGUCGCAAGCAGCCUGAAAAUCCGUCUGAGGAGCAAAAGGAAAAGACCAAAGAAAACGACAAGAAGAAACAACAAGUGAUUGCCGCUUUGAAGAACAAAACCAUGGCUCAAGCUGUCACACUUGUCAAUGACGGCCAAGAACUUGAAUCGAGUCUGGAAGAAUUGCAGCAGUGGGUGGGCGAAGAUGCCUCUGAUCUGUGUAUUGCACUUGUCAAGGUCAAAUUGGAUCGAUUGACGCAUCGAUCAGGUCUAGCUUUGAAGACGGUGCAAAAGUAUAUUUCCGAAGCUGGUAUCGGAUCGGACAACAGCAACGAAUUAAAGAAGGCUUGGAAAAUGCGUGCCGAGCUUUAUCAAGAACUCGGAUGGUCUAUUUGGAGCGAUUACGAUUCCAAGUGGAAUCUGAUCCGUUGCCCGCCCGGCGGUUUUGCAGCUCUUUAG